AUAUCUGUAAUACCCAUUUUGAUUUAUCAUCAUUAGUGUUAUAAUGAAAUGUGAUUAUCAAAUGAAAUAAAACAACAAAAAAAGAUUGAUUGUGUUGAUCCCAAAUGAUUUAGGAUUUUGAGGUGUAGUUAGUUGGGGGGUUUUGAUUUAUUUUUUGUUGGUAUGACACUGAUAUUGAUUUGUUCGAACCAUGGAUUUGUUUAGAUCAAGAAGCUGCUUGAGCUGGUGUAUUUGAAAUUCUGUAGGUUUUAGAAAAUCAGAAGUAACGAGAUGGUCAGAGCGUAUUCACAAGAGCACACAUAUAAGCACCCAUGGGAAAGAGUAACUUCUGCAUCCUGGCGCAAGUUUGCUGAUCCUGAGAACAAACGCAUUCUAUCACAUAUCCUUGAAGUUGACACAUUGAACCACAAGCUUGAUUCCAGCUCAGGGAAGCUUUAUACGACUCGUGCCAUAACUAUCCAUGCACCAGGACCAUGGUUCCUCCGCAAAAUCAUUCGUCAAGACAUCUGCCACUGUGUAGAAUCAACAGUUGUUGAUGCUCAAUCUCGGUCCAUGCAGCUCUCCACUCGAAACAUUAGUCUGGAGAAGUACAUAGAAGUGGAGGAGAAAAUCAGAUAUGACCCUCAUCCAGAUAAUCCAAAGUUAUGGACCGUCUCCAAGCAGGAAACGAGUAUCAGGAUUAAGCCCUUAUCAGCUCUGGCAUCAAUGGCAGAGAAAAUAGAGCAGAAGUGUGUGGACAAGUUUCAGGCAAACAGUGCGAAGGGAAGAGAAGUAAUGGAACGGAUGUGCAAGUACCUUGAAGCUGAAUCCAGAGGCAUUUCAGCAUGAUUUAGCAAUCCAACUUUAUAUUAGGCUUCUUCAGCACUAGUAUCCGACCCCUCCUUUAAACGUAAGAGGCGAGUUUACGACAAACACUGGCUGGCAGAUCGAAUGUGUUGUAUGAAAAAGAGGACGCCAAUCAUGAAUCGUUCUUUCUGAACUUUUUGUAAGCUGUAGUAGAUGCAAUAACAACACAACUUCAUUUUAGUUGGUUGCAUGUAAUUCGAGUUUGCAGCUGAUUAUCUUUCAAAUUCCCA